CCUUCCCUGUCGUUCAACUUAUUGCACAAACACAAAGCUCUCAUUGUUAACUACAUUAAUUUUGAAAGUUAAAAUAGGCCAAAGAAGGAGGACAUAUCACACCUAUGUCUCGCCAGACACUACAGCAUCGAGUGGAAAAGGAAAUGGCUGUUACAGAUAGACGAAAAGGAGGAAGAAGGGAGUCCCGAGGACUCAGGACCAGAAUCUAAAAAAAGUUCUACAAGCUCAGAAAGCUGCAAGAUUGCAAGGCUCCUCCCAAAAGUUGUAAAAGCAAUAAACAACUGAUGGCCCAGAGGAGCUGCCUGCAGGUUCCGUCAGAGAGCAGCAGGGACAGUUGAUGCAGUUCUCACCCACACUGCGGUGGGUUCCCGGUGACAGGACUGCUUUGGGUCACCAUGCUCCUUCCUGUAGAAGAGCGCGGGUCAGAACAGAUAUGGUAACUCACGCAUGAUAAAACUCACCUAAACACUAGGAAAACUGGAGUAAUAUAGACUCCUUCCCCCAGAGGAAUUCCCACUUCAAGAUUCAUACUUGGUGCUCAGCAAAACAGGAGUCACUCACUACAGGACCAACUUUGUUUAAAGGAUGCUGACCAUGUUCUCAAAUAUAGAGUGUCAGAAAAUGCUGCUGGUGGUCAUGUCACUUUCAAUAACUACCUGGAUACUUUUUGGAAUUUCUCAGAAUUCCACAAAGCUUUGGACUGCUCUGAACACAUCCAUCUCCUUCCAUUCCUGGAACACCUCCAUGAAGUCCUCAUGUCCUGAAAUGCCAAUGAAUCAGUCAAAGUUACCAACAGAGACUAAGCUAAGAGGAGAGAUCCCUAAAAUGACGACACCUGUCAAGUCACCAACAGAGAAAGAGCUGAGAGUCAGGGAGAUCCUGUCGAAGCUAGAUGGGCAGAUCCCACCCAGACCCUUCACCCACCUCAACACCACCACCAGUGCCACACACAGCACAGCCACCAUCCUCAACCCUCGAGUUCAAUACUGUAAAGGGGACCAGCUGGACAUCCUAGUAGAAGCCAGGGACUACCUAAGAAACAGGAAGGAGUAUGGUGGAGACUUCCUGAGGGCCAGGAUGUCCUCCCCAGCCCUGAAGGCAGGAGCUUCUGGAAAGGUGACAGACUUCAACAAUGGCACCUACCUUGUCAGCUUCACUCUGUUCUGGGAAGGCCCGGUGGCCCUGUCUAUCCUGCUCAUCCAUCCCAGUGAAGGAGUAUCAGCUCUCUGGAGAGCAAGGAACCAAGGUUAUGAUAGAAUUGCCUUCAAGGGUAAAUUUGUUAAUGGCACCUCCCAGGUCUUAACUGAAUGUGGCCUGACCCUAAACUCAAGCAAUGAACUCUGCAAAUACCUGUACAGUGGCGGUGAAGAAGUCUUCUACUGUAUGAAGCCUCAACACAUGCCCUGUGAGGCCUUGACCCAUGUGUGUACCAAGCAGCAAGAUGUUUCUUUUCUUACUGACAAAGAAAAAGAUCUUUUCCAGAAGUCCAACAUAGGAGUUGAAAUGAUGAAGAACCCUAAGUACAUUAGUGUCUCUCGAUGCAACAAGAGUGAAAAUGGGAGAACGAAAUGUCAGAUGGGGACGGAGAUUCCCACGCCCAGUGGUUACACUUUCAGAGGAAGCUGGAUCGCAGCCCAGUGCAAGCAGAGUCUGUUCAGCUCCAGUCAGAUACGUGACUGUUUGAAAGGAAAACUCAUUUACCUCCUGGGAGACUCAACUCUGCGUCAGUGGAUCAACUACUUUCCCAAAGUUGCAAAAACCCUGAAGCCUUUCGAUCUGCAUGGGACAGGACUAUAUAAGAAACAUUUGCUUCUGGAUGCCGAAAGGCACACUCUUGUUGAAUGGAAAAAGCACAGCCAUCCUUUCAUCACGGUCCAGCUCUACUCUGUGAUAGAUGAUGGCUAUAUUCCUCAGGAAAUUGACCGCUUACCAGGUGACAAAGAUACUGUCGUCGUCAUUACCUUGGGCCAGCACUUCAGACCCUUCCCCAUGGAACUUUUCAUUCGUAGAGCCAUCAGUAUCCAAAAGGCUAUUGAGCGACUCUUCCUCAGAAGCCCUGACACUAAAGUCAUCAUUAAGACAGAGAAUAUCAGGGAGACGUACUUAGAUACAGAGAAGUUCGGAGACUUCCACGGUUAUAUUCAGUAUCUAACCAUGAAGGACAUUUUCAAAGACCUUCAUGUGGGUAUCAUUGAUGCCUGGGACAUGACCAUUGCAUGUGGUAGCUAUCUGCUCCACCCGCCUGACGAAGUGAUUGGAAAUCAGAUUGCCGUGUUUUUAAACUACAUUUGCUAAAGCUGCAUCACUCGGAGCCAAUGCCCACCGGUCAUGCCAUGUGUUUCAUCAGUGAAGUUUUAUUCAAUUAGGGUCUGUCCAAGAAGAAAUCAAAUAAUUUAAAAGAAUCUGUCUUGGAAUAGAGAUGCCACUCAGUUGAAAGAGUGUUUGCUUAGCAGGCAUGGGGCCUUGGGUUCAGCUGUCAGCACCACAUAAGCAGGGAAUGGUGGUACAUGGUUUUAAUUCCAGCACUCAGGAGGACAGAAGUCCAAGGUCAUCUUUAGUUACACAGUCAGGUCAAGGAGAGUCUGGGCUACCUGAAAACCUUGCUUGAUUAAAAAUAAUAGUCAUGGCCGGGCGGUGGUGGCACACACCUUUGAGCCCAGCACUCGGGAGGCAGAGGCAGGCGGAUGGAUCUCUGUGAGUUCGGGGCCAGCCUGGUCUACAGAGCGAGUUCCAGGAUAGGCUCCAAAAGCUAUGCAGAGAAACCCUGUCUUGAAAAACCAAAACAGAAAUAUUAAUAAUAAUAAUAGUCAUAAUCUUGACAGGAAACAUACUUAAGAACAGUGACUAUUAAAGACGGGAUAUAAAGCCAAGAAAACUAGGUGUGAAGGACAAUCCCAGAAUGCACUCGGUUUAUCUCCGUGUUAAUAAAUACCGUUGUUCUUUAGGUAAGUUUGAGUCAUGAUUUCUAUUACUCUUGGAUGAACUAAGUGUCAGUAAAGGUUAAAGGGAACAGGGCUGUUAUUGACAUUAUGUUCUGAGAUUUUAGAAAAAGAAACACCUUUUUUUUUUGUUUCUGCAAAAGAGCAGAGAGUAUCUAAGGCUUUGGGGACUAGCUACCUCUGUCACCAGUGUUCACUUCUGCCGCCAAAGCACAAAUCAAGACAAACCUAUAAGCAAAUAAAAAUGUUAGUGUUUAAAAAAAAAAAUCUAGUCAUUGAAGGGGUUUAGCGGCGGCACUUGUGGCUGGCGCUAGAUGCUGUGGUGGCGGAAGAAUCAUGAGCCAUGGUCACCUUUUCAGAGCUUUAUUAGGAGGAAGGAGAGAGAGAGAGAGAGCAUGGAGGACAGAGAGAAUAUGGAAAAAGGGCCCAUGGGAGGACACACCCGCUUUUUAGGCUGGGAUGCCAUCACAGGCUGAUGACAUAAUAAGAACAUAAUCCUUACAGUAAUGAACACUGAAAAUUGAUUGGGGGAGCAGGGUUUUGAGACAGGGUCUUUCUGUGUAACAGUCCUGGUUGGCCUCGAACUCAGAGAGAUCUGCCUGCCUCUGCCUUUCCGCAAUGAUUUUUAAGAAGCAGAAACCAUUCUUAGACCACAAGAACUAAAAUAAACAAACAAACAAACAAAAUUAAACACAGAGUGACAUGUUCAGCCUCUACGCCAUGCUUUGCAGACACUUUAUUUGAAACAAACAACAAUAACAAAAUGGGUAGAACUGAAAAACAACAACAAAAACAAAACCCUCAAAAACUAAAGAGGAAACCAGUGUCCAACUGAAAAUAGGAGAAAACUCCAGGCCCUGAAAAAAUAAUCAAUCAGAAAACCAUAGGAAGCAUUAGUUACUGAACGAAACACAGCCAUCAUUUCUUAGGAUGUUAGCAUUGCUUUUCCUGGGGAGACAUGAAGGAAGAUAUUCCACAGUAAUCUAGUAUACAGGAAAGUUUGGGGGUCAUUAUUUAAAGGCGUAUAGGUGGCUUUUUCUCUUCAGUACUGCAGAACCCAGGACCUUGAACAUCCUAGGUGCUAUCCUCUCCCACCAAGCAGCAUCUCUAGUCUGUUUCCUAGGUUAGAAAUAGGAGGCAUACGUUUGGAUGUUGCUCCUCAGUAAGAAAUCAAGCUAGGGAAUCUAGGCUGAGAAAAACAGAUGCCAGCUAAUAGUCCUCCCGGGUCACAAGUUCUAGGCCAGCCCAGUCUACAAGUGAGUUCCAGGCUAGUGUGGACCGAGGAAGACAAACAGAAGUCAGAGUCCUAAGUUAGUUGGUCGUUUUCUCAGAGAAAUAAGAGACUAAAAUGGAAAAUUUGAGAUGGUAGCCUAACACAAGCUCAUCACACAAAAUUUUACUUUUUAUCCCUGUAGAAACAGAUGAUCAGACAAAUGACUUCAAUUGUGUGGUAUCUGCACAGAAAUUACGCACACCUUUCAGUGUAUUAAGUCAUAGGCAUUUAGUACUUUUUGACCCAUGGUAAAUUAUCCUUUAAAUAUUUACUGUGGUGAAACAUAUAUUAUGCUUAUAAAUAUGUACAAAAUUUAGAAAAUAAUGCAAAUCUUUAAAAACUGUUUGCCUGAGUAACUCAAUGGUUAGGAAUAAGCACAAAGGGAGAUGUGUAUGAUUUGGGUACACAUUGUUCCCAAGUAGAAGGAUUAGACACUCCUAUAGUUUAAAUGCAAUUCUAGUCAAAGUCUGACUGGAUUGUGUGUGUAUGUGAAAUCAUUCUCAAUUUUCUAAGGGGAUUUUUAGGGACCAAAAAAAAUUAGAUAUUGCUGAAAAUUAAUAGUGUUAAAGAAGUUCCUUUCUAAAUAUCAAGAUUUGCUUCAAAGCUAUCAAAACACGACAGUGCCAACAUGGCAGGAUAGAAGGGUAGGAAGAGCUCUGUACAUAGAGUUGCUUACUUUGUGAUAAACAGGGCACUGAUGAGCAACGAGGAAGACCGUUUCCUGAGUCAGAAGGUCAGGGGAGAUACCUGCCAAUAAAGCGCUUGCUAUGCAAGCAUGAGAACCUGAAUUUGGAUCCUCAGAAUCCACAUCAAGAGCCAGAUGUAACAGUGCACAUCUGUAAUCCCAGCUGAAGAAGAGGAGACAGGGAGAUCCCUGGAGUUCACUGACCAGCCAACCCAGGCAAAUUGGUGAGCCACAAAUUCAGUGAGAGACCCUGUCUAAAAAAAUAAGGUGGAGAGAGACUGAGGAAGAUACCUGAUGUCAACUUCAGGUCUCCACGUGCACCUCACACACAUGUAUGCACACACCCACAUGGAUACAUACGCAACAUACUCAUGCCACACACACACAUCAAUAAAUGCACACCUAGAAAUGAAUAAAUAAGAGUUCUGGGAAAGCAGGACAUAAGAAAGUUUUCAUACAUUACACUAGUCUCCAAAAAUAAAAUAAAUUUCAAGGGGAAUAAAGCUAUAAUUGUGGAAAAAACACAGCAGGGAAGAUAAAUGACAAGUGGGGUGGGAGGCACUUGGAAAUUAUAUCCUUAAAAAUAAGCAAAUCUAUCUGUCAUUUAGAGAUCUCUUGAGAAUAAAAAGAAAAAGAUCCAGAGAGAAAAAUUAGCCAUACAGUAAAUGUGUGUGUUAGCCCUGAAUGUGUGUAAUUCGGAACUUUAAAUGGCCUUUAUGCACAGAAAAAGAAACACAUAUUUUAAAAAAAAAAGAAAUGCACAUUAAAGUUGAACUGAGAGAUUUCUCAUCUAUCAGACUGGCAGAAGUCCAAGUUUGGGUAUACACUGUGCUGAUGGGCCUGUGGAGAAGCCGGCGCUCUCAGGCAUGGCUGAUGGAAACACAAAACGGCAUGGUGCCUAUGGAGGGAAAUUUGGGAAUGUUAAGAAAAAUUACAUAUGUAUUUGUUUACCUUUUGGCCCAGCAUUUGGAAAGCUACUAGCGGAAAAAAAAAACACAAAAUGACUAUGUGCAAGAUUAUCCAUCGGAGCGUGAUUAGUGAUAGCAAAAAAUGGGAAAACAAACCAAAUGUGCAUCUGAUGGAGGACCAGUAAGAUGAAUUAUGAUGCCUCUUUCAGAACAAUACAGUGCAGCAUAAAGAGAGACUAGGAAACUCUUUAAACUGUAGCAAUGAAACCUCCAGGAUAAGCAGGGGAAAGAAUGGUGCGGUGUGUACUGUGCAACCUCUUGGGUAAGAAAAAUGGAAGGAUACCAUUAAACGUAUUUGUUGAUACUAACAACAAGAAACUAACGGAAAAUAAACAAGAAAUGGAUAAAAUGCAGUUUGUAAAAUCUUGAAGGAUUUGUGGGUAGAAGUAAGACUUCUGUAAUAUACACUGUUACAUAGUUUUCAUUCUGGAGCCACAUGACUUGCACAUUCAACACAUUAAAUCAAGAAUUUAAAAAAAAAAAAUAAGAGACUGCCGGGCGGUGGUAGCGCACGCCUUUAAUCCCAGCACUCGGGAGGCAGAGCCAGGCAAAUCUCUGUGAGUUCGAGGUCAGCCUGGGCUACCAAGUGAGUUCCAGGAGAGGCGCAAAUCUACCAGAGAAACCCUGUCUCAAAAAACCAAAAAAAAAAAAGAGAGACUGGUUCAAUAUCUGACCCACAUGAUGGAGAGUGAGAACCAGCUUCCUCGAGUUAUGCUCUGACCUCCACUCAUGCACCAUGGUGCCCCUGCCCCCACACACAAAAUACAUAAAAAUGUAAUAAAUUAUUAUUUUUAAAAAUAAAAAAUAAAUUCUGAAAAAUGCAGUCACUAUUCACAGCAGGCUUAUACUCUAAGAAAUGUUUCCAAGGGUGCUUGUGCUUACAGAAACCAAGGUGCUGUAGGUCAAUCAACAUGGCCUCUUGGUGCAAUCAAUAUACAUGAAACAUCUGAGGCCAAUGCCAGUACAAUACGUGUGUUGUAUAUAAUAAACUGCAUUUUUCAUAAGUGCAAGGAAACACUAUGAAAUGAUAGCAUACUAACUACACGAGCCAGUAACAUACUUAGUACUAAUAUCACGAGUUAUACCUGUCCUUAACUGCUAGACUUUUGCAGAACCAGCAGCAGAGUAUAUUCAUAAGGGCAUUCAUCACCACAGAUAUCAAUAAUAUCUGGCUAAAACUGCACAAUAGCGCCAACAUCAGUGGCAACAGGAGAUUUCCAGCCCCAUUAUGAGCUGGUGGGAUCACUGUUGUACAUUCAGUCAGUUGUUGACGGGACCACAUUAUGAGCAGUGUAACUAUAAAUCCAAUGCAAAUUAGUAUGGUGACACAAAGCACUUCUUUUGUUUUCUCUCUGGGAUUAACACAUUUAAGAAUGAUGUUUUGACAAUACUUCCUCGGGUGAAAUAUAUUUUCAGAAUAACUAGAACUUGGGGCUAGAGGGAUGACUCAGUGGCUAAGAGCACUUCCUGCUCUUUCAGAGGACCAGAAUUCAAUUCCCAGCACCCAUGUCAGGCAGCUCACGACCACCUGUAACUACAGCUCUGACACACUCUUCCAGCUUCCAUUGGCACCAACACACACACACACACACACACACACACACAAAAAUUUUUUUUAAAUCUUUAAAAAUAGAACAGAAAAUACCAACUUUACACAAUAAUCUUAUUAGAAAUAAUAUUGCCAUUAUUUUGCAAGUGUUUUUAUAUUUUGUUGAAUAAAGUAAAUGAUUAUUUUAAUGACAUUAAGGAAAUUAGAUUUUUAGUGUAAAAAGAUGUAAAUUAAAAGGUUU